UUCCGUGAGCUGCAGACUCGUUGUUUUGAUUGCUGUUGCAACCAAAGUUUUCAUUAGAACAAGACUUUCGAAAUGAAUUAUUGAAAUCAAAGUUGUAACAAUGGCUCAGAUACCAUUUUAUUCUUCGGAAAUCGGUUUUAGAAAACAGCUAUUUUCUUGUAAACAAGAUCGUCGCAUUCGAAAAUAUUCACUGAAGUAAGAACUUGUGGUCAUUAAGUAAAAUUUUGCCUGGCUGACUAUCCUUCAUAAAUACCGAACACCAGAUUUUUCAAUUUACUUGGUGCAAUUCAUUUUCCUGAGAAGAUGCAGUCUGUGUUGUUGCUACUUUUCCUCUUUCUAACGUGGACUGGAAUAAGUCAUUGUUACCAAGACACGGAAGAAUUAGUAAUACUCAGACCUCUGGCCAAGACUUUCAGUUACAGUGCAGGUGAAGAAGGCCUUUCAGUGGAUUUUCAUAAUACUGAACUUGAAAAAUGUUCUGAUUUAGAUGACUCAGAGAAUGAUGAAUCGUUUCAAGAUAAUGAGAUCGUUAGGAAAAAGCGCUCUCCCCACAACUGUGAGUUUCCCAAAUCUAUGGAUGAUUCUGAACUGUUCUGUAAAACUUGGCCGUCUCGACGAGAAUGCAAUCAGACUUGCAUGUUCGGCUACACUUUGAAAGAAGGCGUAAAAAGGACGAUGAGAUGUGAGUUUUCAAAAGGGGAAUGGUCGCCCACACGUAGAUUUGAAAAGUGUAAACCAUUCGUUGAUUGUACUGUCAGCUUAGGACCAGGAGGAGCAAUGAAAUGUCAUACAAAUUUCAUGGAUCAUGGACCUAUAUGUGAGAUAUCGUGUCAACAUUAUGAGGAUAAACCUGCUGUUGAGAAAGCUAAAUAUCAAUGUGAUAUUAACGGAAAAUGGAAACCGAAACUGCCUUUUUGUGCUACCCCUGGAACUGGUAUAACGCUGGUAAAUCCUCCGUCACAAGUAAGACGAUACCGUCAUUAGCAUUGAUUGUAAGACUCAUUUCUCUGAAAUGCUAAGUUAUUCGAUUCUAUUUCGAAACUUAUUUUGUAAAUAACUCAAUAAAAGGAUUUAAGCAUUGA